CCUGAAAUUGCCCUUUAUUUAACUUCCUCAAACAAUAAGGAUAGUCUAAAUCCCAAAAGUGGGUUUAAAUGUAUUUCUAAUAGUGUGGAGUAAUCCUGUCCAGGUUUUAGGUAAGUCUUGUUUUCCACCCGGAGCGCAUUAAAGGUGGAGAGAAAUUAGGCGGAAUCGCCCUUUAACAAUUCCCCGAGUCGGAAGCCAACUUCAUCCUCAGAAAACACGAACACGGUGGAUCUCUGUCAGAGCUGUGAGGUCGUUGUUAUCCCAUUAACUCCGUGGAAACGCGUCCGUGGGAGCCUCGCGGGGGUCUGAUCACACCUGAACUCAUCCCGCAUCACCUCGCUGACGCGCGCGGCGGAUCGUUUCUGUCUUUUCUUUUAUUAUUUCUUUAUUUUUUUACCGCAGUGCAUCUGCAGCAUCCUGCGUGACAACAGGAGCCGCUGUGGCGUCAGAGACCAGCAGCCGCUCUCCGGGCCGAGACAGAGAGCCUUUCCUGUCGCUUCCGCCUGCGAUGCCAGCGCGGCGGAACCAGCGCGUCCAGGAGCCGGGGGCCAGCAGAUAGGUCCGGCCGGGGAGCGCGCCGCGUUUCGGGGCUCCGCAGGACAGAACGGAGGCCCAUGAUUCAGCCCGGCAGCCUUUCUUCCCAUCUCACCAUCCUGUGGUCUGGAUUUCACUCCCGUAGCAUCGAAUAGGCAGCCUUCACAUGAGCCGCUCAUGCACCGGCAUGUGAGGACAGCCAGUAGCGGAGGCAGUUCGCACAUUUAAAGGCCCGUUUCUCAUUGUGAAGUUAUUAUUGUUUGGCUCCGGUGACCCUCUGAGACCUCAGGACCAAAGCGCACAGCUCAGGAAGGACUGUGAGGCUGCAGCAAUAACUUGGAGGUAGAAACCCAGCAACCGACGGGAAGCCGUUGGAGCCAAAGAGCAAAAACGUUUCUCCAGUUUGCACUUUCCUCCGCGUUCACCGGGUGAACCUCCGUCCUUUAAACCAAACAGCGAUCAGGAGAUUCAGGUAGAUCCAGGUAGAAGGUGCAGGGAGCUGACAUGAUGGCGGCCGUGGCCCCCCUGCUGCUCAUCGCGCUGCUCUGCGGCCUGCUUGCGCCGCGGUGCGACGGCGCCUGUGCAGAGGUGGACUCCGACACCGAGGCCGUGGCGGGGCGAGGCUUCAAGCUCGGCUGCAUCUCCUGCAAGCGGCGCAGCGAGGUGGAGGGCUCCGCCACCGUGGAGUGGUACUUCCGACCCGAUGGAGAGUCCGACUUCGUCCAUAUCUACAGCUACAAUGAGAACGGACCCACCAUCGAACACAACUUCUUCGAGGAUCGUAUCGACUGGAACGGCAGCAAGAGGAGCAACGACAUCCAGGACGCCUCCAUCUACGUUCUGAACGUCACUUUCAACGACUCGGGAACCUACCGCUGCUUCUUCUACCGCACCCUCACCUACGAAAACUACGAGUACUUCGACACCGUGGACAAGGUGGUGCACCUGACCGUGGUGGCCAAAGCCACCAGAGGCACGGCGUCCAUCGUGUCAGAGGUCAUGAUGUACGUGUCCAUCAUCGGGCUGCAGGUCUGGCUCCUCAUAGAGAUGAUCUACUGCUACAGAAAGAUCGCUGCGGCCGGGGAGGAAGCGCUUCGAGAGGCGGCGAAUGCUGAAUAUUUAGCGAUAGCUUCGGAGAGCAAAGACAACUGUGCAGGUGUGCAGGUCGGAGAAUAGCACAGGUUUCCUUCCCGGACUAAAAACUUCCCUCCAAGCUGCAUGACGACAUCCUGGCCAGAACCCUCCUCUUCAUCGCCAGCCUGUGCUAAGCCUCUUCUGGACGAGCUGAACUGGACACGGCCGUCCGCUGACAGCAUGGAACCAGAACUGUACAUAGUCUUGUUGAAGCAUGUCGUAUCAGAAACCAUUAUGCAUUAACGUAUCCAGGUCCAUAUGUAGUCACAGCAGAGAGCUUUACUGAACCAGCAGCGGAGGGACGCAGGAUCACACAGGUUCUGUCUGGAUAAUCACUGAUUUAUGAACUUUACUUCCACUUUUAUGGUCUGAUGUUUGUGAAGGUAAAGAUUAACAGCAAUAAUUUGGGUUAUUUAGCCUCUUAUAAGUAGAUAAAAUGGGGUUUAUUUUUGAAAUUCAUAUCUUUACCAU